AUGGACCCAUCAGCCAGUGAAACGGCCGUCCGGGCCCGCGAGCGCGGCAACGAACUCUACCGCAAGGGUCUUCUGAGCCAAGCCAUCAGAGCGUAUACGGAGGCAUCUCAACUUGAUCCUUCAGAUCCCUCGCCAUUGUCCAAUCUGUCUGCUGCCUGUUUCGAGGCUGGCAAUUACUCGGAAUGCAUUGCAUUCGCUGAGAAGGCUGUUGACUGCUUGUCUGAGGCUCAGGGGGGCGACCCUCGAGUGCAGAAGCUCCGACUCCGCAUGGCCAAAGCCUACAUUCACCUGAGCAGCAUCGAGCCAGCGGCCAAGGUUCUAUCCCACGUCCAGCCUGGCGGGGACAAGGACAUGCUGCAAGGUGCUCUCAAGAGCCUGGCCGAUUUCAGCGCACAAUCCAUCGGACUUGGCAGGACGACCCGGAUUAUUUCGCUGUUGGGCACGAUACUGUCGAGUCUCAGUACGGCGAAACGCUCAAUGGAAUCUGCCAAGAAUGACAAACUCCUCUCCUUCAUGUUUUGCGGUGUCGGCGAUGCUCGAAGCUUGUUCCAGACCGUCUUCACGCUGUUCAUGAGCCAGGUCAAAUCAAAGCAGCUGCACUUCACCAUUCUGGAUCACAAGCCAGCAAUCAUUGCCAGGGAUCUCAUUUCCUUUCUCUUUGAUUGA